AGGCUGGCCCCGCCCCCGGCCCGCGGGGAGCGGCGGCGGCGGCGGCGGCGGCGGCGGCGUUGGUGGUGGAGGCGGGCACCACGCGCCAGACCUUCGAGUACUUUGUUUGUGCCAAAUCGUCCCCUCUUGCCACAUGAGUGUAAAUCAUGACGGAUGCCAAGUAUGUCCUCUGCAGAUGGAAAAAGCGAUUAUGGCCCGCGAAGGUUUUGGCCAGACCCGAGGCUUCAACAAAAAAUAAGAGAAAGAAGGAAUUUUUUCUAAAUGUUGAAAUAAUCUCCCUAGACAAAAAAAUUCGGGUGAAAAGCACGCGAGUCAAGAUCCUGAAGAAGUUUCACAUUGAAGACAUCGCCAGCUCAUUAGCCUCCCAGCACGAGGUGCCCGCUGAAGCAUUGGAGGAGCUGGCCUACCGACGGUCACUGCGAGUGGCUCUGGAUGUUUUGAACGAGAGAACAAGUUGUCAUCGAGAAAGCUCUUCGAGGGAAGCAAGAACUGUGUCUCCAAGAGAGAAGCCCACGGAACUGGUCUCCUCGCUCUGUGACCCCAGCCCUUCCUCUCUUCUCCACAAAGGCAUGUCGGGCAGUUUCGGACCCCACAGGAGGGAACGUGGAUGCCAGAGGCUGUCAGGUUCGCCCGCUCAUGAAGAGGACCCCAAGUGCCAAGUGGAUCCCAAGAAGGGGCUUGGGAAAAGUGAAAGCCCACGAGCCCCGGCCGCCUCCUCAGCCGGAGGUGGUUCUCAGGACGGGCGUGGAUCAAGAAUACGCCGGGGAGAUCCCAUGACCCCGAGGAAAAGGGGAAGAAAUUCGGCACACAGCCCAUGUCAGAAUGCACCUUCACUCCCAGAGGGGGAUCCUGAAAGAGAGAGCGAGGCCAGGGCAGCCCCGUGCUCGCCCUCGCGGGUCAAGGAGGAGGGUCCGGGGGCUGAAGGGCGAGACCCAGCUCUGCCUGCUGGCGGCCCCGCUCUGCUGCUGGCCCCGGGGUGCCCGCAGGCCCGAGGCUGCCCCUCCAGGCAGCAGUGUCCAGAUGGCAGCCAGCGGCCAGGGCCAAGGGGAUGCAUGACUCUGCGCAGCACCGCCAAGCCCGGCCUGCCGCCGCCCCGGGUCCCCACAGAGGAAGCCGGGAGUCUUCAGCCCCUGGAGGAAGACCGUCCAUCCUCUGAAGAGUCCGUGCAGUUUAAUUCCGUUAAUUCCAUCCUGGAGGAAGAUGAGGAAGACGAGGAGCCCCCGAGAAUCCUCCUCUACCACGAACCACGCUCGUUUGAAGUAGGAAUGCUAGUCUGGCUUAAAUACCAAAAAUACCCCUUCUGGCCGGCAGUGGUCAAGAGCGUCAGGCGGAGAGAUAAGAAAGCCAGCGUGCUUUUCAUCGAAGGGAACAUGAACCCAAAGGGGAAAGGCAUCACCGUGUGCCUGAGGAGACUGAAGCACUUCGACUGUAAGGAGAAGCACGCGCUCCUGAGCGAAGCCAAGGAGGACUUCGACCAGGCCAUCGGCUGGUGCGUCUCCCUGAUCACCGACUACAGGGUCCGGCUUGGCUGCGGUUCUUUCGCCGGCUCUUUCCUGGAAUAUUAUGCAGCUGAUAUAAGUUACCCCGUCCGCAAGUCCAUCCAGCAGGACGUCCUGGGGACCAGGUUCCCUCAGCUGAGCAAAGGGCACGAGGAGGAGCCUGCGGCAGGGAGCCCCCAGGGCAGGCGGCCGCCAUGCAGGAAAGUCCUGCCCGACCGGUCGCGGGCCGCCCGGGACCGUGCCAACCAGAAGCUGGUGGAGUACAUCGUGAAGGCGCGGGGCGCCGAGAGCCACCUGCGGGCCAUCCUGAGGGACAGGAAGCCGUCCAGGUGGCUGCAGACAUUCCUGAACUCGGGGCAGUACAUGACGUGCAUGGAGACGUACCUGGAGGACGAGGAGCAGCUGGACCUGGUGGUGAAGUACCUGCAGGGGCUCUUCCAGGAGACGGGCAGCAGGAUGCUGGCGCGCAUCAACGGCGACCGGAUCCGCUUCAUCCUGGACGUCCUCCUGCCCGAGGCCAUCAUCUGUGCGAUUUCCGCCGUGGACGCAGUGGACUACAAGACGGCCGAGGAGAAGUACAUAAAGGGACCCUCGCUCAGCUACCGGGAAAAACAGAUAUUCGAUAACCAGCUCCUGGAGGAGAGGAGUCGGCGCAGCUGACGCCGGAGGGGCCGCGCCGUGCUGGGUGUCGGGGACCGGGCUGCCGGCCUCGCAUCCGUGGUCCCGUUUCCACGGCUCCGGAAAGUCGGUUUCGUGAACACGCCGAGAGCCGGCUCUUUUCCCAGCUCUUUUGGGAGAACAUAGUUCCCCGAGGUUUUCAAAAGGACAGAAGUGCCAUUUUAUUUUAUUUUGUAUCAUUACAUGUGACCAUAUCGUAUAGUUUAAUAUAAGGCACACAUUUGCUAUUUUGUGUUAAAAAACCUUGUAUCUGAUAUUAAACAGGACAUUUAAGGGAGAGUCUGGCGUGAAUGUCUAGCUCCAGAAGCAUCGCUGUAAUUUUCCGGGAUUUUUUUCCCCCUCCUUCGCGUGGUUUCUUCUCAGGAUAGUUCCCAGGUUUGCAGCUCCCACCCCAGGCGUUUCUGAAGAAAACCAGUGUUUGUAAGAGACGGAUGUGAAGACAAGCCGCUCUCACGUUCCAGCAUUCCUGUGAUUGCUCACGCGGGAGGACGGACGGCGGUCUCUCCGGGGGCCUCAUCCCGCUCGUCCUGCGUGGGGGUGAGUCUCAGCCGAGCGGCCGCCACGGACGCCCCGUCCCAUGGAGCUUCCUCAGCUGCGUCUGUCCUGGGGCUGAGCGUUGUCACCGCCCAGCCGACCCCUGUGGUCUCAGUCGCCUCCCAGGAUUGCUGUGACCAUCCCGCGUGCCCACCGCUCCCACUGGGGCAGCCGAGGUCACCGUGCGCGAGGCGAGGCUGUGGAGUCGCAGCGUCCGGGACACGAGCUCGCCGCCUGGGCCCAGCUUUUGCAGAAACGAGGCCGUCGUCGUCGGGAAGCCAGGCUGGCAUUCCUGCCCGAGGCACAAAGGCAGGUCCCCUGCUGGUGAGUCACCGAGAUGCCCGAGGGUCCCUGGCUCAGCAGCCCGGCCUUUGGGGUCAGCUGUGUGAAGGUCUGUGACUCAGUUUUCUCAGCCAGGCCUUAAACGCGGUCGUGGAAACUCUCUUUCAAGUCAGAGCCGCACGCCACUGAAUUAUUUAUUCUAAGCCAGUGCGAGACCACGUGUGGAAAUAAACGUUGGCGAAGUUAAUUUUGAGACCCUGCCCCGUGUGACCCCCUGGCUGUGUUGGUGGCCCCACCGUAAUGACCGGAAUGCUGCGUUUGGGGAGGGCUGAGGCCCCCUCUCCUGCUGGCCCUGGGCCUGACAGCAGCAGCUCAGAGGGGAGUGGAAUGAGGGUCUCGUGGACGCGGGGAGAGGCGCAUGCCCCGAGAGGCAGGUGUCUGAACGGGAGGCAGCCGCAGAGGCCGUCUCUGGUCUGGUAGAGACCAUGACAUUUUGGGGAUGGUGUCAGGCCACCUGGAACCCCCCGGCGGUCUUCAUCUUCACUGACUUUGAUCAAAUCUAAGAACAGGAAAUCCAGGCAUGCCUGGCCCUGGUGGUUCUGCCUCUGACCCUCGGGGUUGGCCCUCGGGGUGUCCCAUCUGGGGCCCAGGCGUGUGGCCCGAAGCCUCGAUGCACCAAUCCAGUUGGCAGCUGGCCCUGCUUGGGUCACUCUCCCUUGGACACAGACAGAGGCCCAUCCCUGAGGAGGACGGCCCUACCAGCAUCGCCAGAGUGGGCCUCGCUUCCUUCCAGAAAAGUCCGACCACGCAAUCCUCCGACAGCAACCCUCGAAGUCGGUCGGUAGUGGGAACAGCCUCCGCCUUAGAGACUCGGGACGUUCUCGGGGGCCGUGGGUUAGAAACACCUGCGAGGUUCCCGUGGGAACAUUCCGUCAUCGUGAAGUAUUUUUAUAUCUGUUCCUUUGCUGAUCUUUCCCGUGUUCCUAAGCUUUGGUGGUGGAAUUGAACUACUCAGACUGGAAUUAAACGUCGUUUUGGAGC